CCUUUGUUUAUACUUUAUAGCCGUUAAAGCCUCUCUCCUCUUCGUUCUGCUCUGGCUCUAGGCCUCCAAUGGCUACCUGUUCUUCACUUUUACCUGGUACUCACUAUUCUUCCUCUUUGAAGCGGAAGAGGCCCCUCAAUAUUCAGAUCCCAGAUGUCUUGCAAGAAAUCCAGGCACCCAAGCUUCAUGAUUCGAAGGCAUUGAAGGACAACGUUUCUCUUAGCGGAAUUGGUUUCGGGGUCUUUUCUGUUAAAGGCAAGAAAUCGUGCAUGGAAGAUGCUCACAAAAUUGUUUCUUCUUUAGAGAGCAACCCAAAAAAGGGCUUUUUCGGCGUCUAUGAUGGGCAUGGCGGCAGGAAGGCCGCAGAGUUUGUCGUUGAGAACUUACACGCCAAUAUUCUCGAAAUGGUGGGGAAUUGUGAAGAGUCAAGGGCCAAGCGGGAGGCAGUUAAAGCUGGGUAUCUAAAGACCGACGAAGAGUUCUUAAAAAAGGGUAUAGGAAGUGGUGCUUGUUGUGUGACAGCCUUGAUCCAUGGAGAAGAGAUUGUUGUUUCGAACGUGGGAGAUUGCAGGGCUGUUCUUUGCAGAAGUGGAGUGGCUGAAGUUCUCACUAGAGAUCACAGAGCGGAACUAGAGGAUGAACGGAGAAGAAUUGAGGAAAAGGGAGGAUACGUGGAGAUACAUCGAGGAGCUUGGAGAGUGCAUGGGGUACUCUCUGUUUCUAGAAGCAUUGGGGAUGCUCAUCUAAAGCAGUGGGUGGUGGCUGAACCUGAUACCAAGAUCCUACAAUUAACUGCAGAUAUGGAGUUUCUUGUGUUGGCUUCUGAUGGACUGUGGGAAGAGGUCAGUAAUCAAGAAGCUGUUGAUACUGUGACACGUUUUCUUCGAAAUGAAGAGAAGAUAUGCUCCUUGGAAGAUGUACAGAACGAUAUUGAUGCGGAUUAUGGUCAAGUAAACGUAAGUCCAUCAUCAAAGUUACGAAGAGUUUCACUUGUGAAGCAGUCAAGGGGCAAUAGGAGGAACCUGAACGGCUGGAAUGAAGUUGGUGAAGAUGAUUUUGGUUGUGAAAAUGAAAGCCCUCCAUCGAAAUCACGGAGAAUUUCAUUGGUGAAGCGAGUGAGUAUGAAAAAAGAGACGUCAGUUAAAGAAAGCAAUAUGUGCAAGAAAAGUACCGCAUCUAAACUUCUAGUAGCUUGUAAGGAGCUUGUGAACCUUGCUAUGAAAAGAGGGGCUUUGGAUGAUAUCACUGUAAUGAUAAUUGAUUUAAUACAUUACAAGCGUAGUACUUGAAACUUGAUGCCUUAAAGGUUUUGGGCUAAGACUUAAAGUUGAGCCUAUUUAUAUGCAUCCUCUUGUUGCUCUUGAUACUAGAGUCUAGAUAUUCUAUCAGGCCAGAUUUAUGUGUUGGAAAAAGUUUGAUCAAUGUCUUUUUAUGAUUUAAUGUUCUUAAAAUCUCAGCCUAGUGACAGCCAAUUAAAGAAAGCAACAUGUGCAAGAAAAGUAUAGUCUCUAGAUUUCUAGUAGUUUGUAAGAAGCUUGUGAACCUUAUUGCUUCAUGGCUUUUUUGUUGGAGAAAGUUUGAUCAACGUCUGACUUGACAUUUCAAUUCAGUGAUAGCCAGUCAAAGAAAGCAAUAUGUGCAAGGAAAA